AUGCUCAGCCUGUCAACGAUCGAUUUGUCGUUCAAUGAACUGGAGGGUCCUCUGCCUGACUCCAAGGUUUUUAAUUCGUCUCCGCCCGAAGCGUCUUCUCAUAACAAGAAUCUAUGUGGUGAUUCAAUCCAAGGUUUGACACCAUGCAACAACUCAGUGUCUGGAGGUGGUGGUAAGGAAAACAAAGGAAACUCACGGUUGAUCAUUAUCGCAGUUUCUACCUCGUUAGGCUCGUUGUUUCUCUUGCUUUUGCUUGUUGGGGCUGUCGCGCUUCACCGAAAAAGUAACCGGAGAAGCCAGAAAGAAGAUGGUAAUUUCGACGAUGCAUACUGCAUUGGACAGGGAGGAUCGGCCAGAGUCUACAAAGUUGACUUACCAAAUGGGCAGGUAGUAGCAGUUAAAAAGCUAUUUAUGAAUGAAGGUUCAGAGAUUGGGGAGAUCAAGAGUUUUGCAAAUGAGGUAGCAACGCUGACGGAAAUAAGGCACCAGAACAUCGUGAAACUCUACGGCUUCUGUUACCACGAAAAGCACACUUUUCUGGUUUGCGAGUACAUGGAGAGAGGAAGCUUGGCAGACAUUUUGAAGAGAGAGAAAGACGCCUGGGAGUUGGACUGGAGCAAGAGAGUGAACGUAGUGAAAGGGGUGGCUCAUGCUUUAUCUUACCUUUAUCACAACUGCAUGCCUCACAUAAUUCAUCGGGAUAUAUUGAGCAAGAAUGUUUUGUUGGACUCGGAAAUGGAGGCUCAUGUCUCAGAUUUUGGCACAGCAAGGGUUUUGAAGCCCGAUUCUUCAAAUUCUAGGCACAUUCGGAUACAUUGCUCCAGAAUUAUCGUACACAAUGGCAGUGACAGAGAAAUGCGACGUGUACAGCUUUGGAGUUUUGACACUUGA